AUGGAGCGGCGAGUUUCCACGCACCUGGACGUGCCCGCGGAAGACUGCAUAGUCGUCAAGCCGCUGAUGAGCGAUUCCAAAGGUGUUAGAGUUGACGCUCGAUCCGGCAUUCCAGCGAAAGAAGCUCCGAGAAUGCUGAUAACCGGGAUGAUCAGCGAGGAACGAAAUCAGCACAUCUCCAACCCUCCAGCAAACGGCGCAAGCCAUCGCACGAUGCCGACGGCGACCUCCGAGGACACCGACAGCUCACGGCUGCGUCGGCGACCUGCCCAGGAUCACUGUGAGGGUUGCGAACAACUCCGAGCCCAGCUGGAGGAACAUCAGAGAGCCUUGACGCAGGCGAAAGAAGAACUCGCUGCGCUACACGCCGAGGCCAUUGUCAUGAAGGAAAGGGCCCGGCGCAUGGAUGCCAUGGAGGAGGCAUUGCGGGCCAAGAUCAAAGCUCAGUGCAAGAGCCUGCGGGCAGUCGAACGAGAGGCCAAGGCAGCUGAGGCAACAGCCGACGAGUUCAGAAGCGGCCUUGAGGACGCGCUGGCGGUGUUCGAAGCCAUGACUGCCACGCUGCGCAGGAUUCUGGGCCCGGCCGCCAAAGCCAUCGCUCCCGCUCAGCAAUACGGCAGGGGCGGGGCGGUCUAA